AUGAGCAGCGGCAGCAGCAAGCCUACCCAACGUCCUGGGUACAAAAACCAUGGCAUGGAUAAUAAAGAACUUCGCAGACGUCGCAAUGAAGAGGGAGUUCGCCUCCGGAAGGCUCAGCGAGAACAGGAGAUCCUUAAAAGGAGGAAUCUUAACGAGGGUGUCGACGACGAAGAAUUGGUGGAGGAUCAGAAUAAAGUCGAGGAUAAGGUCACCCCGGCCAUGAUCGAGGGUCUGCUGACUCCGGAUAGAGGAAUACAACUGAACUGCGUCCAGAAAUUCAGAAAACUAUUGAGUAGAGAGCCAAAUCCUCCGAUCGACGAGGUUAUCGAAUGUGGUGUGGUUCCUCAAUUCGUGGAAUUCCUGAAAUGCUCAGAGCACCCUCAGCUGCAAUUCGAGGCGGCUUGGGCAUUGACCAACAUCGCUUCAGGCAACGCCAACCAGACGAAGGCCGUCUUGCAUGCGGGAGCGGUUCCGAUUUUCAUUCAGCUCCUCAACAGCGACAGUGAUGAAGUUCAAGAGCAAGCCAUAUGGGCCCUCGGCAACAUCGCUGGCGACGGACCCAAAUGCCGCGACUACGUCAUCGAGCAAGGCAUGCUUCCGCCUCUGAUCCGGUUCAUCGAGCUCAGUCAAAAGAUCGGGAUGACGCGAAACGCCGUCUGGGCCUUGAGCAAUCUCUGUCGCGGCAAGAACCCGCCCCCGAACUUCGAGCACGUUCGGAUCUGCCUUCCGUUGCUUGCCAAGUUGCUCUACUCGAACGACGCGGAUCUAUUGGCGGAUACAUGCUGGGCUCUCAGCUACCUGUCCGACGGUCCGAACGAGAAGAUUCAAGCAGUCAUGGAUACCGGCGUUUGCGGCAGGCUCGUGGAGUUACUUGCACACGUGAACCAGAGCGUCGCUUCCGCUGCUCUCCGAGCCGUCGGGAAUAUCGUCACUGGGGAUGAUAACCAAACGCAGGUCAUUCUCAACCACGAAGCGUUGACCUACUUGGCUCACUUGCUCGGAUCUCCGAAGGAGAGCAUUCGGAAGGAAGCGUGUUGGACCCUAUCCAACAUAACGGCCGGCAACAGAGAUCAAGUCCAGGCCGUUAUCAACGCGAACAUUUUCCCGGCGCUCAUCAAUAUCCUGAAAACGGGCGAGAUGAAAUCUCGCAAGGAAGCUGCUUGGGCGGUGACGAACGCUACUUCAGGUGGCAGCCCCGAGCAGAUCCGAUACAUGGUCAGUCAGGACUGCAUUCCACCGAUGUGUGAAUUGCUGUCGCUGGCCGACGCCAAGAUCGUUCAGGUCGCCCUCAUGGGUCUGGAGAAUAUCCUCCGGCAGGGAGCGAACGACGCAAUCCACACGGACGUGAACCAAUACGCCCUCGCAAUCGAAGAGUGUUACGGUCUCGACAAGAUCGAGUACCUGCAAACUCAUGACAACCAGGAGAUCUAUCAGAAGGCAUUCGACAUCAUCGACAGGUACUUCUCUCAGGAAGGCGAAGACGAGGACAACGGUCUGAUGCCGGACUCUGGCGAGACUCAGUUCCACUUCGGUGGCCCUACCGGUAGUUCGGAAGGCAAUUUCCAGUUUUGAACUUGAUGGUGAAUCGUUUGACCUACGAUCGUUAGCAAUCCUAAUCGACCGUCGAAUGGAGCGGGAUCGAAUACAGAGCAAGCUUACGAGCGAUGGUGCGCCGUAUCCUUCUGAUAUGGCGACUGCGUCAGCUCACCAUCCGUUUACCUAUUCAAUAUAUGCCUCUACGAUCGCCUGAAACGUGAAAAUAGGUGAAAGCAUCUCGCGGAAUCCACAAACAUUUCUCCGACAAAAGAAACAUCAGCCUUCACAACACUGAGACCACUCAGAUAUUGAUGGUGAUCAUGACAGACAAAUGUACAUCUGUGCCGGCCACGACUACUACUUCUACUCAGUCGAGAGGAGCGUCGACGAUGAUUACGAGAGAAGAAGCUACAGGUACAACGACAACAGGAGCAACAAGCACAACAUUGACAUCAGCAUCAACGACGGGGAUAAUCUUCAGAACAGAAGCUAGAAAACAAGACCUGGAAUGAUACACAGAAGCAUAAACAACGACAACUGAUGUUUAAAACAGAAAAACAUUCACUGUGAGAUCUACUUGUUCAGGUCGUGAAACAACAACAUGAAUACCAACAAUAACUCCAAGCUACAGUAAAGGUGAAACAGUCCUCGACAACGCAUCAUCUCUGUAGAUAGCACAUGAUGUGAUACACGUACAGUUCACACAAUGUUACACUAUACAUAACAUUGUCAGCGGUCGCGGGGUUGCGCGGCGACACACGGCGAGGAAGUUUUGAGCGCGAAAUAAUGAUUUUACAAGAGGAGCGAGGGGAUUCCGACCUGCCGAUUGCGUUUGGUCGGAGCUCGGCCUCGGAAGGAGAAGUCCUGGCUUGCCGUGGAUCCUCGUUUAGUCAAAUUGAGGACUAGCGUUCGAUGGCCAGCAUUGGCCGACCCUCGAAUGCUCAAUCUACCCAAGUUACCACGGGCUUCUCCUGCUUCAAUACCGUCAGUCCCAUUGCUGGAUACAGUUAAUAACGAUACAUU